UCUCGGCCAACGCCGCCGAGGCAACGCAAGCGAGCCCCACUCCACUGCCCACCUUUUUUACGCCCGCUGCCCGCUGCGGUGCGUUGCGUGCUCCCUCUCCUCCCCACCCCUGCUGCCUGCUGGUGCCGAGCCGCGCCCGCGCGCUACUUGCCUUGCCAGUUGCGUCGCUGCUCGUCCCAGCUCCGUCCCAUACCACAGCACACCACCCCAAGUCCAAGUCCACAACCAUCAUCUCCUCUGUCUCCGCCUCGUCGCUUCCGUCCGUCCACUCCUCCUCCACACCCUUCCUCCCCUCUGCGUCACCUCACGGCCCCCCCAUUGCUCCAAGCGCGUGCGGAUCUGGGCGACCGGCGGCGGCCUCUGAGCGGUUGCGAUCCGACUGUGGGGGCGCGGCGACCACGCUCGAAUGGUGUGAUCGACGGCCCGUUGGGAAUUGGGAGCCACUGAGCCAGGCCAUGCAGCGGGCACCGGAGCGCCGCCGCGGCGCCGGCCUGCUCCUGCUGCUGGCGCUCGUCGCAUUGGCGGCCGCGCCGAGCCUCGUGCGCGCGGUCACCGACGCUGCCGACGUCUCUGCCAUAAACGGACUGUACAUUUCACUGGGAUCACCACUUCUUCCUGGAUGGACUGGAAAUGGUGGAGACCCCUGUGGUGAGAGCUGGCAGGGUGUUGUGUGUACCGGCUCUUCCAUAACUGGAAUAACCAUGAAUGCUGCAAACUUGGGAGGACAGCUGGGAAGUUUAGGAAACUUCACUUCCAUCACCAGCAUAGAGCUUAGCAACAAUAAUAUUGGUGGAACCAUACCGGAGGACCUACCUGUUACAUUGCAGAGUCUUUUCCUCUCUGCUAAUCAACUUACUGGAAGCAUCCCAAGUUCACUGUCAAAACUUGGAAACUUAACAGCCAUGUCAGUCAACGGCAACAGUCUAAAUGGAGACCUACCAGAAGCUUUUGAUUCACUCAAUAGACUUGUAAAUUUGGAUAUUUCUUCGAACAACUUGACUGGCGUGUUACCAUCUUCAAUGAAAAGCUUGGCAUCUUUGACUUCAUUGCACAUGCAAGAUAAUCAACUGUCUGGGACCCUAAACGUCUUGCAGGAUCUCCCACUGAAAGACUUGAACAUAGAAAAUAAUCUUUUUUCUGGACCGGUGCCUGCAAGUUUACUUAACAUACCGAACUUCAAAAAGGACGGGAAUCCAUUCAAUACCAGCACAGCCCCAUCUGCAUCUCCGCCUUCAACAGGACUAGCACCAACUCCAACACCAGCAGGACCAACACCAGCUCCAACGCCAACACCAGCACCUACCACUUCAAAUUCAACGCCCCCAGCACCAGCACCCCCAUCUCCUUCAAGAACUCCUCCCCCACCUAAAACAACCCCAAACUCUUCUGAAGGAUCAACUACCCGAGACAGCACUUCAUCAUCUAAAAAACACAAUGCAUCAACCCUCAAGAUUGUUGGCUCUGUUCUUGCCGGAGUAGUGCUGUUUAUUAUCAUAGUCCUCCUAGUAUUAUUUUGUCUAUCCAAGUACGAAGAGAGACAGUCAAGAUAUGAUCAUAAUAGAAGUCAGCUGGCAAGGGUGCAUCAUAGGGUUGAACCACAAAUCAAGACACCUCCAGUGCAACAAAGCAAUGAUGUUAAAAGAGGUCCAGGUGAGGCACUUGAUAGGAGGGGCCAUGAACUAAAUUCAUCUGCGGCAGCUCUCCCAAAGAAGUCUCCCGAAAACCAAAAGGAGCACAUAAUUAACUUUGAUCAAACAGAUUCAGAUCUGUUUCCUGUUUCUCUACCACCACCACCUCCUCCACCGCCAUUACCCCCAAUUGAAAGAGUUGUUGCAAAUCCUAUUGUUCCACCAGAAAAGCGAAAUAGUCCUCCAACAAAGACAAGUAGCCGGACUUCUGCCACACCAUUCUCUGUUGCAUCUCUUCAGCAAUAUACAAAUAGUUUCAGAGAGGAGAAUGUGAUAAGGGAGAGUAGAUUAGGAAGGGUGUACCUAGCAGAGCUUCCUGAUGGCAAGUUGUUGGAGGUUAUGAAGAUUGACAAUGCUAAUGGAAGAAUACCGGUAGAUGACUUCCUAGAACAGGUUGAAUGUAUCUCAGAUAUCAAGCAUCCUAACAUUCUUGAAUUAGUCGGAUACUGUGCUGAAUAUGGGCAGAGGUUACUCGUGUACAAUCACUUCAGCAGAAUGACACUAGAUGAUGCCCUUCAUGAUGGAGAGGAUUCUGAAAGUGCACUGUCAUGGAAUGCCCGCCUACAGGUUGCUCUUGGUUCAGGAAAAGCCUUAGAGUAUCUCCAUGAUAACUUCGAACCUCCAAUUGUGCACCAGAAUUUUGAACCAGCUAAUGUGCUCCUUGAUAAAAAAUUCUCAGUGUGUGUUGCUGAAUGUGGACUGGCAGAAUUGAUGCCAUCAAGUUCAGUCACUCAGCUGUCAGGUCGGAUGCGUGCAUUACUGAACUACGAAGCACCUGAGUUCCAGGAUUCUGGGGUCGUUUCAGAAAGGGGUGAUGUCUACAGCUUUGGUGUAGUGAUGCUGGAACUUCUUACUGGGCGUAAACCUUAUGAUAGUUCACGGCCGCGUCAUGAGCAACAUCUUGUUAGAUGGGCCAGUUGUCAGCUACAUGACAUUGAAUCCCUGUCCAAGAUGGUGGACCCAUCUAUACAUGGACAAUGUUCUGAGAAAGCAUUGUCACGUUUUGCUGACAUAAUCAGCCGCUGUAUCCAGCGGCAGCCAGAGUUCAGGCCACCAAUGUCUGAAAUUGUACAAGACCUAGCUAGACUUGUAAAUGCUACCGGUGAGGAAUCAGAGUAACAAAAAAAACAUGGAGGGCAUACAAUACAAAACAAUGUCUGAAAUUUUACAAGACCAGCUAGACUUGUAAAUGCUACUGGUGAGGAAUCAGAGUAACAAAAAAAACAUGGAGGGCAUACAAUACAAACCAAUGUCUGAAGUUGCGUGUUGUACAAAAUUUUGGGAAGAUAAUUGUCUUGCCACAAUCUGAGGAGAAUAUUGUGAAGAUGUAUUUUCCUCAGAGAGCAUUCUACACUAACUCAUGUCAAAUUGGAAUUUCAUUUACACAUGGCUGGAGAGUGGAGGUGCCGCCAUUUGUGCACCUGGUUGUUGAUGAUCAAAUCUAUGUAAUUAUUUGCA